UUUUAUCUGAAUUGUAUAGAUUAUUUUCUUUUCUGGCUGAAAUGGAUCCACACCUACUGUGAUAGCGACACGCCUGUUAUCAUCGUUGCAACUCAUCUUGACGUAGUUCCAGAUCCACAAAAAAUGAAAUCGUCUUUCUUCCAAAGAAUCCUCGUUCUUUUGCCACCUGAUUCAAACUUGGAGCGUCAUAUAUCAAAUGAAAGAUGUUUCUUUACUGGAUUUCCAAAAAAUCUCAGUCUACUAAUCGAACCUUUGACAGAACUAGAAAAAUGCAUCUGUUCAAUCGCUUUAAGAGCCAAAUGGGAAGCAAACAUUCCAACUGAAUGGGUCUGGUAUGGAGACAGCAUUUGCCGUUUGUUGAAUCAGGGUGUAAAAAUUGUUAAAAGGGGCGAAUCAUAUCAUCAGAAAGUAUUUUCAGAAUCCGUCGACCUUAUGAAAUUUUACAACGAUAUCGGGGUCAUUCUUUUCUUUAACGAAAGAUUGCUUCGAGAUAUUGUUAUCGUCGAUGUCCAGUGGUUCGUUAACGCCUUUAAAUAUGUAAUCACAGACCAAAAUCACUUUCUGUGGUUAAGGAUGCACGACAACCACGACUGGAUGUAUUUUAAUCAAACGGGGUAUCUGAAAGAUAGUCUUUUAAAUGACAUUUGGAAAAGAAGAUAUUCAGGACAUAAGCAUAAAGAGGAUCUCUUAUUGUACGCGGAACAACUUGGUUUACUGGCAAGAGGAGAAAGCCAUUGUCGUGGGUCACGAGUACAUUACGUCCCUUCUAUGAAUAAACGCAGCUUUGACUCAAAGGGAAAACAUCUUUUCGAAUCAGUGCAAAAUAGAACAACCGUGAUAGUGUACCAAUUCGAGUUCUUUCCAUAUUUCUUUUAUUUUCGUUUGAUUGUUGCGAUGAUUUCAGCUGAAAUGCCUUUUAAUAUACUCGAUGAGGCAGGGGAUUAUCUUUAUAAGGACUUAGCUUGUUUUCUGUAUAAGGGCCAUAUAGUGGUGGUGGCGGCCACAACGACUUCCAUACAGAUUCAGGUUUUACACCGAAAAAACGAGAUGCAAAGGGACACUGUUAUUGAAAUUAGAAAUUUGAUCGAAGAAAGACUGAAAGAAAUUACAGAAACAUUUCAGAGAGGCUGUCGGUACACAGUUGGUUAUCAGUGCUCUUAUCAAGAGGUGUACAGUUAUCUGUCAGAUUGCUUUGUACAGGAGCAGGAUAUUCUAGGAAAAGCAACAAUGUCAUGUCCAGCACACUUAUCACAAAAUAGUCACCAAAUCAGAGAAGAAGAUAUUGUACAUUUUUGGAAAAAAUUAUGAUCGUAGUAUUUCUAUAAUAACAUUUUACAAAAAAGUUUCCUUUUAUCAAUAUUUAUUUGCAAAAUCAUAAGA